CCGUACCUGGCCGCGAGUUCCCGUCUCUUUUUCCGUAAUUCUCGGUGUGUGCGCGGUCUCUCUCGCCCGACGAAGAUCGUCCGGACGGCAAACCGCGCGUCCACCGGCGUCUCAGUGUCGCCGCGACGAGCGACGUCGUCUACAGCUCUCUGCUGCCACUCGCUCUAAGCUAUAUCUUCUUCUUCUUCUUCUUCUUCUUCUUCUUCUUCUCAAAGUCUUAUUAUUAUUCUCGCUCCUACUCGUCUUCUUUCAUUUUCCCGACACAACUAAACGCCGUUACUCUUAUCUGGCUUACCAGUGGCUCAAGUACUGUAGUGCGGAAUACACAUACUCUCUAAUAUAUAAUAUAACAUAGAAGCAGUUUCUCCUUCUCCAUUUUACUGUCCUUAUUUUUAUAUAUUUAUAUAUAGAGUCUAUAUAGUCUCUUUAUCUCGCUCCAGUUUGGUGGACCUCCUCAUGAAUCUUCUCUGUCGUGUUUUAGUCAUCUUGCCGACGGACUAUACCAACGUAACACCCCCCGGUGGUUCAAGUUUUACCCCAAAAGUCCUUCGUCAUAUUUUCUUAUCGCUCUUUUAACUUUUAUUUCAAUAGUUGUUACCUUUUUUAACGUUACUUCCGUUUCUUGUAGGAAGAAAUAAAAAGAUUUGUUGAUAUUUUUCGGUGGUUUUUUUUUAAGUGAGUGACAACUAUCGGGACAGUGGCGGUAAUAGAGUGGAGAUUUUUCUAAUGUUUGUGUGUGUCAGUGAUUUUAUUUUUAAGUGAUUUUUUAAAUAUUUCUACGGAAAAUAUAUCUAGUGUAGAUUUUUUUAAAUAUUUGAAAAUUUAAUAAAAGGCGGGAACGCCGAGCAGAUGAGGCCACGAUCAACCUGCGUCCAGGAGGUGGAGGAGUACCGGUGUGACCUGCGUUACGGUUAUUUCGGGAAUCCGUGUUUCUGACAACCAGACGAACAGAGAAACAGACGCUCGGUUGUGUGCCACAGCGGCCCAAGUCCUUGCGAAUACUCGAUGGAUGAGUUCCAUCCGUUCAUUGAGGCCCUCUUACCAUUCGUGAAAUCAUUCUCGUACACGUGGUUCAAUCUACAAGCAGCCAAAAGACGUUACUACAAGAAACACGAGAAACGAAUGAGUCUUGAAGAGGAGCGUCAGUGCAAAGAAGAACUUCAAAAUGAAAAGCUCGAGGUGAAGCAGAAAUGGGCCUCAAGACUUUUGGGGAAAUUGAGGAAGGACAUUACACAAGAGUAUCGAGAGGAUUUUGUACUGAGUAUUACCGGGAAAAGGCCAGCUAUGUGUGUGCUCAGCAAUCCUGACCAGAAAGGAAAAAUGAGGCGGAUUGACUGUCUUCGGCAAGCUGACAAAGUCUGGCGAUUGGAUCUAGUGAUGGUGAUUCUCUUCAAAGCAAUCCCACUGGAGUCAACCGACGGCGAACGUUUAGAAAAGACAGCAGAGUGUGCUCAGCCGGGUUUAUGCGUUAACCCGUACCACAUCAACGUCUCCGUCCGGGAACUGGAUCUCUACCUCGCAAACUUUAUUACCAGUCACGAAGUACUUAACGGAAUCUGCAACGCUAACAAAGAAGAGGAGAGGCGACGAAAAGGUGGAGGUUACCAUGAACUGUAUAACGGUGUCGUCUGCAACGACACUAUCCUCGCGACCGGUGUCUUCAGCUCGAAGGAGCUUUGGAUGCUUUCAAAAGCGUCCAUACUGCAUGACCUCAGCGACAUGCAGCCUCAAAUAAACGCGAUCAAAAUAGAGCACCCGCCGUACUACUGCAGCAGCUAUACCCCUCCUUCCGCGGCGUCCGCCGCGGAUCAUGCUCAGCCCGCGGCUAGCUUCAGUCCACCACCAGUACACCAGCUUAUAAGGAACGACAAGACUGACAAAGCACCAACGGUAUCAGUAUCAAGCGCCCCAAGUUUUUCACCGGUCCUCAGGCCCGAAGACGGCCACCGUGGAAUCGAUUCACCUCACUCUCAAACAGGGCUGCACUCCCCCCACGAAGGGCUCGCCGGGGGCUCAGGCCAGGCCGGAGGGAUGUCCGGCCUUGCCUAUUAUCAACCGGAGCAUCCCGUCUCAAGCGGAGUCGUCAAGUAUCCUGAAAAUGGUCACGACACACUCUCGGACUUUGUCACGUUCGUUUGCCAAGAGGCUGAGAACACUCAGCAACUACCCCAGGCCCAAUUGACUGGUCAACGCGCUGGCAUGCAAAAGUUCUCACAGUAUUAUCCAAGUUCGAUGUUGCCGCCACCGCCUCCGGCUCCGAUGGCCAGGCCAGUCGCGAUAAUACGCUCCACGGGGGAGCUCUCAGCUUCUGGGGGCUCGGGAUCGCCUCCCACAUCAUCCUCGUCGCCAGCUGACCCCUCAGACUUGAAUGGUGCGGCCCAGAGCCAGCAGGACCAGCAAAUGGCUGCAGCUGCUGCUGCUGUCGGCCUUGUUGGUUCCAAUUGUCAGACUUCGGUGGACAGUGGGAGGAAAAGUCCCACGAGGAUCCUGGUCACCGCGCCUCAUACCAGUCGAGAGUACACCUUUGCUCAUUUUCACUCCCAGCCUGGACAACAAAUAUUUACGUACCCUACUAUCAGUUCGAUGUCCGGAGUGAUUUCACCGACGAAUCUCUCCCUGUUUUCAUCACCGGUGUCUGUCACGAGGCCAGUCGCUACCCAGAGAUCGGUUGCGAAUGUACCACCGCGUUGGAACACCGCGCCGUUUAUCAACCUCGAGGACGAUUACAAUAUGAUCGCCCCGAUUAUUGCUGGCACGCCCGGUGAACCACCUUCUAGUAUGGACGAGGAACGAUACUUUCACCCCGUCCACACGAGCAACGUCGUGGACAAAAGCGGGCCCGGGGGUCUGAUGAGCAAUGACCUCGGCGUGAACCAGGAUCCGUCGACCCACCACCAUCAUCAGCAACAACAACACCAUCAACAACAACAACAAGUACAGCAACAACAACAACAACAACAACAACAACAACAACAACAACAACAACAACAACAACAACAACAACAACAACAACAACAACAACAACAACAACAACAACAACAACAACAACAACAACAACAACAACAACAACAAAUUCAAGACAAAGAAAGAGCGAAAUCACCUCCGUGACCUUUAGAAAAUCGUUGCGCGUACGAAGAGCCGACAUUACUAAGUUCAUCACUCGUAAAAUUUUUUAUGCGAGUCUCUUAAUUAAGCGAUAAAUUGCCAACUGGCACUCCAAUGCUCAAACUUUUUCCCUGUAUAUUUUCGUCUCCUAAAUUUUUCAUAAAAUAACCCCAAUAUUAUUACUAUUAUUACUUAAUUGAUAUUGAUACUUAAUAAUAAAAAUAAUAAGAAGAUCAAGUCACUUAAAAUCAUUCGGUAAAAAUUGAUUGAGUGAAAAACAAAAAAAAAGUUAAUCGUAAAAGAUUAAUCUUAUUUGUUUUGUAAUUUGUAAAUCCUUUGAUAUUAAUAAUUAAUAAGGUACCCUCUGCCACUAGUCGUAGGUCUUCCAAAUAAAAAGUUAUCCGCGCCAUGUGCUUCCCGGGCGUGUUGGACGUAAUAUCCGAGCAUACACGCACUUACAAAAAUAUAAAAUUUAAAUUAAAAAAAGUCAAAAAAAAUUUAUUAAGACGAGAGUAGUUGAGAUCAAUUAUUGCCUUUAAAUAAUUAAGCGUUUGUUAUACAUUAGAUGGCCUCAAAAAUAAUAAUAAUUACAUUUAACUUUAAUAAAAAAAAAAUGGGGGACGGAAAGCUGAUAGUUGUUAGUCUAAAAUACUGAUUGUGUAGUUUGUAAUAAAAAAAGGUCAAAAAAUAAUUAUCAAAAAUAUGUUCAAUAUUAGAGACUCGCACUGAUAGAAGGAA